AUGGGAGCGAAUAACAAAAUCCUGAGUUGUCGCCCUUGCCGAGAGCGCAAGGUCCGCUGCGAUCGUAUGACACCAUGCAAAAGCUGCGUUCGACAUGGAUGCGAGACUCGCUGUCAGCCUUACCAGCCUGCCUGCUGGACCUAUCAAGACAAGCUGCCCAUAACACGGGCAAAUAAAUCAGUUCGACGAGCACAAAGUAUUAGUACUGCUAUUGAUACUUGUACCGGGAGGCCUACUACAACUCAACUCUUGGCCUCAGUCAGCAGUCUAAGCACUUAUCACAGCGUACCCUCGAACGCCAACUCGGAACAACGACAGUGCAAUUUGGAUACUAACCCCCAGCAAAGAUAUAUCACUAGCAACUCGACCGGGGAUGGUGUAAGUAGUAACUAUGAUCCAGCUGCUCUUUCAGUCGAAGCACUCCGGACUCACAACGACCUCCGGUGCCUCUAUGAAGAUGAAGGGUCUCAAGCAGCGAUAACAGCGCCGUCUUUCUCCGGGUCCGGUGUCACAUUGUCGACCUCCGAGAAGACCAACUGGCAGCUCUAUCUUGCGAGCUGUCUUCCCCCUCGAUCACAAUGCGACUUAUUCGUGGCCUACUUUUUCGAGAGCACAAAUUGGAUCUACCAGGCGAUUCACGCACCGUCCUUUCGUCAAAAAUACGAAAUAUUCUGGCGGACACCAGUCAAGGACAUUGAUCUUGUCUGGCUGGCCCUUCUCUAUGUGAUGAUAUCCUUGACCGCUUUGUACAUUGAUCCCAGGACGUGCGAGAGCGUCGGCUUCGAUGCAUCCAAUGUCCGAGACAGCGGCCACCUUUGGUUCCGGCUGUCUCGGCAGGCUCUGCAUGCUGGAGAAUAUGAAUCACGACCAUGUUUGACUCAGCUUCAGGUCUUCAUCGAAUCGCAGCUGUACUGGUAUGCCACGAAGGCAGUCGAAUCAUUGAAUUCUGCGCUAGGUCAGGCCAUUCGCUGUGCUCAAGCAAUAGGCCUUGACAAAGACAGAACGCCUGCUGCAGAUUUGGCGUCCGAACUCCGUCAUCGUAUAUGGUGGGACCUUUGCUGUUCAGACACGUUCCAGUCUCUCUGUCUGGACAGGCAAACAUUGGUGCAAGCACACCUGUCGGAUGUGCCCAUGCCACAGAAUUGCGAUGACAGCGACAUCACCCAGUCUACAAUCAAUCCUCGGCCCAUUGAAGACCCUACUGUGAUGUCCAUGCAUGUCCUUCGUGCUCACCUGUUCAAGACUUUUAACAAACUCUAUGCGGACAACGGAGCUGCAUUAGCAUCUUAUGAGGAGGUUUCUUCGAUCGACGGCAAUAUCAUAGCGAUUGUAAACCAGUUCCCAUGGUAUUUCAAGAGUGCUCCAGGAAAUGCAAUCGUCAGCCCUACACUUCCACCGGCGUACGACUACAUCCAAUGGCAACACCACCUUAUUCAUAACUCGAUCUGUGUACAACGUAUCCGUAUGUAUCGGCCUUUCCUUCGCACUUCCUACCACAAUGCAUGCUGGUCGAAAUGCAUUGAGGCAGUAGAGGAGGCUUUUGCUGUCUACCAUGCAAUUCGCGCUGCAAACCCCGCGCGGUUCCAACGAUCACAGAGAAUGCUCGCUCAGAGCUACCAGAUAUUCUGCUCAGCCGUGUCCAUAGCAGUUUUCCUGCUCGUGGAACGCCCGGUCGUGCCGAGCCGAAUGCAGUCUGAUAUUGAAGUUGUGAUUCAGGAUUUGCAGAAGCUAGUCCAGAACCACAGUUCGACUCCGAUGGCAGUGGCCGGUCGAGACGUUCUAACGAAGAUUCUCCACGCGUAUAACAAUGGAGAUGGUCUACAAGCUCACCAUAACGCCCAGGAUGGGGCGCCCAGUUCCAACUGGCAUUCGCUCAUUCCAGAGAUCUAUGCUUAUAUGGGCGGCAAGAGAAAGACAAAGACGUAUCUUGAACGAUGCGCUGUCUCUCAUAUUGUCAAUCAGGAGAGCAGCAUUACUGCCGCACAGGCUAGCCCUGUCACGCAUUCUCAAGCGGGUACAACAGCCACACCACCAGAUGUAGUGCAGGCGACUCAGGGGUCCAUCGACAUGAUAUAUCCCACUUCAGCGGAUGCCACAAUUUCAAACGACCCAGUGCCUUCAUUUGGAUUCGACCUCCACUUCGACGUUCUGAAUUGGGGUGCUGAAGACUUUCCAUUCUUACAGUGA